AUGCCCCGCAGCGUCCCCUCACCGAGAGGUUUGAGGACGAGUGGAAAUGGUCCGGCAAACGCCUCACCUCGGUCAGCGCCCCUGACGUCGAGGGCAUCAUCGGUGAAUGGGCCGCACUCGAGCUGCAGUGGACGGUACAGGAAGGGCAGCUCUGAAUCCUCUGCGGACCGCCGCCGGCUUCGGCGAGCACGCGGCCGCUCGAAGAGGCCCUACACCGCACACGCCUGCCGCUUCUCUCCUUAUCGGCCCCCCUCAGCCGCCAUGUUGGACCCAUUCCCCAAUGCCAGCAUCAACUCGCUCUGCGUUGUGGGGCUCUCCACGCUUUUGACGGUGCACCGCACCGGCGUUCGACUUUAUCGGGAGCGACAGCUUCCUGCUCUGGCGCCGCCCUCGACGUUGAACAUGCUUGCAAGCCGUCUCUCCAGCAACGCUGCCGUGCCCAGCGCAUCGCCUGCUGCGGUGCCGCACGGCGUCUGCGAGGCGACAGGCGUGUUCGAGCUGAUCGAAACGCGCCACGAGUUCCAGAUUCUCGAGUCGUACCUGUGCGCGGCCAUGCAACCGGUCCUUGUCAACGGCUCUCUCUUCCUCUCCAAGUGGAGUCGCUACUUCUGCGUCGCGUCCGGCAGCGACCGCAUCGUGCACGGCGUGUCCGUCAUGAGCAGCGGCGCGCACUUCUGCCUGAACCACACGCAGCACCAGACGAGCAAGGUAGUGUGCAUGCAGUGCACGCAGCUUGCUCUCGAGCCGUGUCGCCCGUUCUCCCUGACACCGGCCGUGGUGAGCGUCGACGAGGUGGGCAUGGUGGUGCUCUUCGACAUUGAAAGGGAGGUGGCGUCCGUCCUGGAGCAGGCGCCGCUGUGGUAUCGGCAGAGCGACGCGCGUCCGAGAGAAAAGGGGAAGGCUACAGGCCCUAGCGACGUCACGAAUUCCACCAGGGAUAGCGGCGGGCAUGGCGGCAGCGGUCACUACCAGGCGCCUUUGCAGCAGCAACACCUCACGCCAGACGAGGAGGACCACAUCUUGAACACGAUCGAGAAGGCGGCCAUGUCGGAGCGCGUCGUCUACCACCUCGAGCACGGCGUCGCCACGCGCGUCGCUCUCGUCGGUCCGUGUGUGGAGCUCUGCAACCGCUGCCACAACGCCUUCUCGCGGUCGACGUCGUCAUCAUGGGGGUACAAGCUGGUGAGCCUGUACCUCUGCUCGCGUGCACGAGACGUGCCCGCCGAUGCGAGGCCACCAGAGCAGGUGGGCGACGGCGAAGGUGGCGGGGCGGCCGAGCUCAACGUGGUUCUUCUCAAGGUCCUGUGGGGUCCACGCCGCGCCUUUGUGCUGGAAGAGGUGCACCUCCUGCACGAGGUGGCACCGACGGACGUGUGCGAUGUCGGCAUCGCCAUGAACUCCUCUCCAUACCAGGUGGGCACGCCCUUGACGCUCUUGCUGGCGAGACCUGCGCUGGAGCUGUGGAAGUUGUGCGGGUGCACGGGAGACCUUAUGGAGACGUGUCGGGUUUACACCGCCAACAGCGACGGCCCCCGCUGUGAUUCUCGCCGUGACGCCUCGGAAUGUUUUCUCCAGUGGGUCCCCCUCGGCCGCCACCGAUUAGUAGUCGAGAAAGCCACAGAGAGCGAGGAGGAGAAUUCUUGGUUCUGCACGGUGGCAGUGACGAACAAUGACACAGUGCUGCUGCUUGGCAGCGCACCGAUGCCUGUGGAUCACGAUGCGCUGGGGGAGACGGCACUGGCUGCCGCAUCUCCUGCCGGUGAUCAAGGUAGUGGCACCACGAGGAAAGAGCCGGUGGCGGAGUCGUUCAAGGACACGGACCUGGAGGCCUGGCUGGAUGACAUCAGCGUCCCUGCUUCGCGGUCGUCCUCGUCGCCGGCGGCAGAGAGCGGCUCAACCGCCCCUGCAGCCGCAAACGGUGCUGGGGCACCAGCCGCGGAAAGUACGGUCACGGACGACAAUGGCGACAACGACGACGUCUCAGCUGCCCGUCACGCCGUUACUUUUCCGUACACAGUACUGAUGGAGCUGUACGCCCCUCAGAGGUCCUACAGCAGCCGCACGCGUGAGAGCGCGUCUGCCGUCUCGACAGUGGUGCUGUCUGUGGUGCCAGACUGGACGGCAAAUCGCCUGCUGCUCUUCAUGGAUGACCAGGAGACGCUGCUGAGCGUACCGCUACCGUUUCUGGAACGAGUGGGUACCCUCACCGACACCAAGCAGCACGAGGUAGACGGUCGCGAAGGGACUGACCUUACCGCGGGGCCUUCUAUCCCUACGAGCGGAGUGGAUGAUUUACUGCCCUCGACGUCGACUGCCCAAGACCAUCACGCCGCAUCGCAGGAGACUCGACCAGGCGGCAUGAUACAGUACUUCAAGAGCGCCUCGACGCAGCUCUGGGGCCCAUCCGCACCUUCACACUUUGUGCACUUGGACGCCUCGGGCGGAAUGGUCACCAGAGCCCCACCAUUCCUGAAUGCGCCACCGACGGAGUCGCAGACGUCUCCAGCAGCCGACCGCGCAGCGGCACAGUCCUCAGAGGCGGCGGCGGUGUCAUCAUCCGCUACCGCCGCAGCCGGCAGCCGCGAGUCGUACCGCUUCUUCAGCUUAACACGCCCGCUGAUGGCCGCCUUCUUUUAUCUGUCAGGCGAGCACGAAGAGUCAGCGUCGCCGGCCGUCGUGGAGGCGCCACUCAAGGACUCAGUGUCGAGUGUGACGGGCGACGCGAAAGUUUCUGACAGCGCACUCUCUGUGCCGCCGAUGCAGCAGGCCGGCAAUCGUGCCAUCGGCUCUCCUCCUCCGUGUCCCUCGCCUCUAGCUGUCUCUGCUGCUGGUCAACGCAGCGGCAUUCAGCACCGCUACCGCCGCGGCUCCUCGUCGGAGAGCAGCAGAGCCGGGAGCUCACGCUACCGCCGCACACACAAGCCGCAGUGCAUAGGCGACGGCGCACCUGCGAGCUCUGCGGUAGCCGCGCACACUGUCAUCAUCGAAGAAGGCGCCGCGGCGCGGGCGUCAUACAUAUCAGCGCAGAUAGCACUUUUGAAGGAAGAGUCCAAGGCGCGGAGCGGCAGUCGCACCCCAGAGACUGGGGUCGUUGCUGACGAGGACCACGGCGCACAACACGAGCCCGCCACGACCGUGUCACAGUGGCAGUAUGCACUGCACCGCGUCGCCGAAGUGGAGGAGUCGCUGGAACGCAACGCGUUGCUUUACGCAUGGAAGGAUGGGCACAAUGAUCUGUACAUCCGCUUCUCGGUAGAGCUGGACGAGCUGCGGCAGCGGGAGGCGGCCGACGAGGAGGACGGCCGCGCAGGCUCUCUUUCACCAAGGGGCGAGACCGGUUCCAUCUCGCCUGAUGCGUCGAAGCACAGCCGCGGGACAGUCAGGCCACGCUUGACCCUCUGCCGACCAGCAGACGUGGAGGACGGCGUUCACUCAAUGGGCUUUCUCUCGCAGUACAACGCUGUCGUGCACAGGCGUGCCGCAACAGCGAGCUACGGCAACUGUUUCGACUUCAGCUCGUACUUUGUGACCCUACAAGUGCCGCAACACCUGCUGGACGUUCAGGAGCGAGACAAGUACCGGUUGGAGCUGGAGGACCUGCGCCUGCGGCAGGCCAGGGACUUGGCGAGCCUUCACCCCUACGACAUGGUGACCAUUUUCCAGAACGAAGAGCGGGCAUCUGCCAAGGAUGCAGCAUGGCGGCUGCACGCCACCUUCCCCUACGACGACGCGCAAGACGGGCAUGCCGUCGACCUGCAGCAGCUCAACCGCACUGCCGUAAGAGACCCCGCUGCGGCCGCGGCGCUGGAGUGGCGGUGGGCCGAUGCCUCGGAGGCGAGGGCGUGGUCCGACGCACACAAUUUUGCGCGAAGCUCUACAAACCGUGUCAGGAGUCUCGUCAAAGAACUGAAGGACUGGGAAGUGGGUCCGUGGACCUACGCCACGCGCUGGCCGUCCAGAGAGGAAGAGCUGCGAGGCGAUCACGGCUUCAUCUGGAGCACUUCAGAGGCCCCUGAGCACACGUGUCGUCGUCGCCGACUUACCCGCCUUCGUGUCAGCAUUGCGGAGCUGAAGCGCGAGACUGAGCUCAUGGCGUCUCAUCAGCGAGAGCUGGAGGAGCUGCGAGAGGCGCUGGGGUUGUAG